AUGUGGGGUUCUAGCGUUGUGAAUAUCGUAGGGUCGAGGGACUGGGAAAGUGCAGAUUUAGCGACCCUGUUAGCGGGAUUGUUAAGCGUUCCGAUCCCAGGGAACUCCAUCGGGAGAACACCCGAAGAGCUGAUGAACAUCUCCAAGUCAUCGAUGGCUCGCCUGAGGGCAGAGAACAGCCUUCACUUAGCGACCGCCUGCGUGUCGACGACCACCAGCCACUGCGCCUUCAGCCCCUUCAAGUACAUCAGUCAGCCUUUCCUGUCCAAGUGCGACUUCAGCAAGUACAUGGACGAAAUACAGUCAAAUCUCAGGAACGAAAACUACGAACUGGUCCGAAUGAUGGCCAAGCACCUUGAAGAUAGGAGCCUCAAGUGUAUUCUUCAGUACAAAAGCCUUUGUAUCACUUUCACAGUUAUUUUCGCUACAACUAUUACUUUCCUUUGGAUAUAUAUCCUUAUAAUAUCAUUUAUAGUCCUCGAAGAAAUCACAGAAUAUUACAAUAGAACUGUCAUGAUAUUUACUGUCGCUCUCCAUGUGAUAUUUUAUUUGUUAAUAGUAGCCUGUGCUUAUGCAGUUUUCGCUUUGAACUGGCCUUACAGGUAUAUUGUUUAUCUCGCUCUCAUUGUAAUCCUUUUAUGGAUUGCUCUAAUACAGUCAAGUUAUAUAUUCAAUUUUGUUCCAAUGCAUAUUAAAUCUUAUAUAAGCUGGUUACUGAUGUUCUAUUUUGCAGUAAUCGAAAUUGUGUUCUGGUCGUGGGAGAGAGAUUUCAUGCUGUUUGCAUUGUUAGUUCCUUACGUGACGGCAGAAUGGGUUUACAAAUAUCACUAUCCUGUGGGUGAGCACUUAUGGGUUGCCAUCCUCCUUAAUGUGAGUUUAUUAAUACUAUGCUAUCUUAACUAUGUCCAGCCGGUUUUUUCUUCUCUUGGGGCCCAACUGUUAGAAUUGAUUUCCACAUCGUGUUGGACCCUGGUUGGUAUCCCAUUAGUUUACAAGUACCGUGCUAAUCCCUUUGUCACUGCACCGGCUUUGAUCACCCAAGCUUUCUUAGUCUAUCAUUUGUUAAUAAUUGGUUUCCAACCGGCGGGAGUAUCGUAUUACACGAACGCUGUCUCUUGGUGGCUCCUGACAGCCCCAGUAGUAGUUUUCUGUCUGACAGACCGUAAUUCGAUAAGCGUGCUCCUCAUAGGUUAUUCAUCUUCAGUCCCUGUACUUCUACUCAGUACAGGUUUCGAAUCCCUUGCUUUGCUCAUUUUGUUCGUCCACAUGUACUCCUGGUACACCAUGGAGUCAGUACCUCAAGCGGAUAGCCUCAGAAAAGUGGCAAGAGGUGUCAGUCUAUACCUUUACAUGUUCCUUUGUCACCUGUUCACUAAAUCUGGAGUUGAUGCGAGUCGAUUUCUCACAAAUUCAUUUGAAAAUUGGCUGCUGGUGCAAAUGCUUAAGGAUUUUUAUGCUGAUGAGACUGGCGUCAAAGGAUGCCUGGAUGAGAUAAGAGGGUCCUGUAAAUGGGCGGAGCAUUAA